AUGCAUGCUCCUCCCAUGGACGACAACAACUGGGAUCUAUUCGCCGUGGUCAGAGCCGCCAGCUCCUUCGCCAUUAGCGACUCCUUAUCCAACUCCAAGGAGGAGGCUGUACGCGUUUCUAAAGACGAGGACGACGGCCUUUUCGGCUUCUGUGAGCUACAGGAUCCCAUAGAAUUCCAUCGACGAGCAUUCAAACAGCAGCAAGUGAUCUCUGAUAGUCAGCAGAGCAGACGAGCCGAGAGGUUGAUUACCCGUUCCAAACUAAGGUACAGAUCGAGUCACUUUGCGACUCUCGCCUACCGUUCGGUAACUGUGGACGCCGGUGAACUUGAUCGCAGGAAGAAUCAGCAGAAGAAGGUGACCUGCCAAGUGCCGGCGGACGGCGCCCAGCCGGACCUGUGGGCAUGGAGGAAGUACGGGCAGAAGCCCAUCAAGGGCUCCCCUUAUCCACGGGGAUACUACAGGUGCAGCAGCUCGAAGGCGUGUGAGGCGAAGAAGCAGGUGGAGCGGAGCAGGGCGGAUCCGGAGAUGUUGCUCAUCACUUACACGGCGGAGCACAACCACCCCGCCCCCGCCCAUCGGAACUCGCUCGCCGGAACCGCUCGCCGGAAGCAAAUCCUUCCGUCGACGAUCUCGCCCGGCCAGGAACCGGCGAACGGCCGCGACGUGCACUUUUUGGAGGGCAGUGGGAACUUUGACGAUCAUUUCUAUCGUUCGACGACGGCGCUGACUCUCUUCGAUCCGCCGGCGCCGGAUGACGGCCGCUCGUUGAGUUCCAUCACUUGA